AUGGCAACUCCUGUGACUCUACGAUCCUCCUAUGGGCGAUUAGCCCAGGUGAAGCCUCUUUCCGGUGGCCUGGGGAUUGGCCAAACCGCCGCACGGGCAGCACCAUUCUCGACAACAGCACCACUGUGCAAGCGCAAGCGAUCAACAACCAAGGACGGCAACAAGAAGCGGGGAGUCAGUACAAUUUAUAGAUCAGGCCCACGGGAGCCUCUGUCCAUGUCAGGCAUUCCACUACCAAAACCCCGCCAAUUCGAGCCCAAGAUCAAGGUCGAUGCGAAGCAUGGGCUGUGGGAGUUCUUCCCAGCGCCCGGCAAACUUCUCUGGACGCCUGCAGAGACGGAAGAGCAUGGCCGAGCAUGGACAGUCGAGGAGCUUAGAAAGAAGUCAUGGGAGGACUUGCACUCUCUGUGGUGGGUUUGCUGCAAAGAGAGGAAUAGACUGGCAACAUCAAUGGUCGAGUUGGACAGAAGCAAGCUUGGAUUUGGUAACCGAGAACUCGAACUACGUGACCAAGCGGUCAAGAGUACGAUGAAGGCGAUCAGAUUUGCGCUGACCGAACGGUUCUACACCUGGGAAGAUGCGACGGCUGUUGCAAGAAGUGAUCCGGAGAUCAACCUCGAAGGCGGCGAAGGCGAAGCUUACAACCCAGAAGCUUAUGAGGAGGAUGUUGAUGAAGUCAAGGGCUGGGCGACGGAGGAUGCAACCAAGUCCGCCGACGCACCGGAGGUGGAGGGGAACAUCACCAAACCUGAGAGUCGACCUGCUCCCCAAGCCUCCUAG